AUGCCAAAAGGUAAAAAACAAUCAAGAAACCCAAUGGCGGGUGGAAUUCCUACACCUCCUCCUCAGUCUCCAUUUAUGAUGGAUUUAGAUGAUGAGGAUCCUCCAGAUAUGAUGCCUGCUCUUCCAGCUUAUACUAAAAUAACAUCGGAUGAUGGUGCUUAUAAAACUUGGGUAUGUUUAUAUCCUGUUUACUUUGAUUCAACAAAAUCAGUUCAAAACGGAAGAAAAAUUGUAAAAGAUAAUGCUGUUCAAAAUCCUUUAGCUAAAGAUAUUGCAGAAUCCGUAAAAAUGUUGGGUAUAUGUUGUGUGUUUGAGCCACAUAAGACACAUCCUAAAGAUUGGGCAAAUCCAGGAAGAGUACGUGUGCAAUUAUUUACUGAGUUUUCAAAACCUUUUAUUAAAGAGAUUCCAACAAUAGCAAAAAUAUUAUCUGGAAUUCAAGCAGAAAAUCCUCAAAAAUUUCCACCAUCGCAUUCACCUGCUGCAUCAAGUGGAAUAUUAAAAGAAACAAAAAGUUCUGAUACAAAUGUUGGUGGUGGUAGUAGUAGUAGCACUUCAUCUUCAGGAAGAAGAGGUCGAAAGUAA